AGAGAGAGAGGAAGCUCAGUGCUGCUCCUGUGUAUGCCACGUUUUGUGAAGAGGUUGUUGUCGUGAAACGUGGAUAAAAUGGCGCAGUUUGGGUUUGAGAACGACAUCCACAGUAUUUUAAAGCUGGAUAUGCCCAUCACAAACGCUCCCAUCGCGAGGUGGCAGAGAAAGGCCAGCUCAUCAAACACAUCGGGGUUGUCUCCGGGAAAAUCUGCCAAUGUGUCGCUCAGUUCAUCAAAAACGCCCAGCAAAACACCUGGCAAAAACAAAAAACAAACACCCUCUAAGAUGGGGGGCGACCGCUUCAUCCCAGUCAGAAACAGCAAACAAAUGGAUGUGGCCAGUUUCCUGCUCACAAAGGAGAACGAGCCCGUGGACACUAACAACGCAGCAGGAUCAUCAGAAAGCCAGAAAGCCUGGUCCAUGUCAUUAAAUGGAUACAACAUUGAAGAUGCAAAGAUCCUGCACCUUGGAGGGAAGCCGCUGAACGCUCCAGAAGGCUAUCAAAACAACUUGAAGGUCCUCUACAGUCAGGGUGCAACUCCUGCUUCUGUCAAAAAGACGAGAUACAUAUCUUCAACCCCCGACAGAAUCCUGGAUGCUCCUGAGCUUCGAAACGAUUUCUAUUUGAAUCUGCUUGACUGGAGCAGUCGAAAUGUUCUGGCUGUCGCGCUUCACAACAGUGUUUACCUGUGGGAUGCCACUCAAGGAGACAUCACUCUUCUCAUGAAGUUGGAGCGUGAGGAGGACUACAUCUGCUCCCUGUCCUGGACCAAAGAGGGAAGCUACCUCGCAAUUGGCACCAGUGACUGCAAAGUACAGUUGUGGGACGUCGACAACCAGAAGCGUCUACGCAGCAUGGCCAGCCACACGGCUAGAGUCGGGAGUCUGAGCUGGAACGACCAUAUUCUCUCCAGGUACAGUUGUCUGUGCAUCUUGUACAAAAGACAGGAACGUACAAGCAAUACCAGUGGUGUUUUUGUCCGACUCAAAUAUAUAUUUUUGUGUCUUCCUCCUAGUGGUUCAAGAUCAGGACACAUCCACCAUCAUGAUGUCAGGGUGGCAGACCACCACAUCUUCACACUCAGUGGUCACUCUCAGGAGGUGUGUGGGCUCCAGUGGUCCCCUGACGGGCGUUACCUGGCCAGUGGAGGCAACGACAACUUGGUUUAUGUGUGGCCCCGCGUGCAGGACGGCAGCCCCAACCAGUCUGUCCACUGCUGGAGUGAACAUCAAGGAGCUGUCAAAGCUUUGGCCUGGUGUCCAUGGCAGCCAAAUGUACUCGCAUCUGGAGGUGGUACCAGUGACCGUCACAUCCGUAUCUGGAAUGUCAACAGCGGCUCCUGCAUCAGUUCACUCGACACUCAGUCCCAGAUCUCGUCACUGGUGUUUGCACCCAACUACAAGGAGCUGGUCUCUGCCCAUGGAUAUGCCCACAACAAUGUCGUUAUCUGGAAGUACCCCGCUCUCACCAAGGUUGCAGAGCUAAACGGCCACGAGGAUAGAGUUCUCAGUUUGGGUCUGAGCCCAGACUGCUCUACCGUUGUGACUGUUGCUGGAGACGAGACGAUCCGCCUGUGGAAGAGCUUUGAAAUAGAUCCUGUGAAGAAGAAGGCCAAAGACAAGCUGGUCAAAUCAACCAGCAGCGUCAUUCAUCAGUCAAUCAGAUAAUUUGCUUUGUCAUGACUUUUGAGGAGUUUUUUGGUCUAUGUUUAAUGAGCUAUGUGCAAAUGUUUUAUUUAAUCCAUAAUAAAGAUUUCUACCAGGUGAUUUAGCUGUAACUGGCAACUUACUGCUCAUAGGGAUGGUGUGAUGGGUUGAUGGUCUCAAUUGUUUAUACAGGUUUGCUAAGUGUUAGUGUAUUUCUGACCUUACUUGACUUAUUUUAUAGUCAAUAUGCAUUGUAUACAGUGUACUGUGUUAUCAAUAAAUGAUUUGAUUACCUAA